AUGUACGCCUUACAGGCCGGCAGCAGAUGCGUUUCCUCUAGGCCACAUCAGCGGCUUAGAGGCGCUUUUGUGCGUCCAGUGAAUGCAGUUAGGACUUUGUCAGUGUUCCAAGAAGUUACAAGUUCUCUGGUUAGCCUUCAUGAAAUUAGUGGGCUUCCUUGGUUGGCGCUGGUGCCCCUGAUCACGUUCGGCCUGAGAACGGCAUUUACACUUCCGUUAAGUGUCUGGCAGCGUAAGCGAAUCGUGAAGCAACAAGAACUUAGAAAGGUGGUGCAGGCCACGACACCUGUCGUUAAACUUCGGCUUGCCGCUUCCACGCAAGCAAAUUCGAAAUCAGCCAAGGCAUUCGAAGAAGAAGAAGGAAACGUUGCAACAACCCUUCAGAAGCCAUCAUUGUCCCCAGACCAAAUAACGCUUCUCGCGUUAAAAGAGACUAGGAGCAGACAGAAAAAGAUGUUUGGUGAAAGCAAGGUCCAAUUGUGGAAAAAUGCACUUCUGCCGCUGGUCCAGAUCCCCCUCUGGGUCUCUGUUUCAAUGGGACUUCGCGAGUUGACGAAGCAGCGACUGGUGGAUUCUAAUUUGACUCACGCAAAUCCUCUUCAGAACAUCGACUCACUCGACUACGUUUCAAGAAUUUCAAGCUUAGACCUGAGCUUGCCUCUUGAUGGCCUACCUAUACUAGCGCCGCUGUUGCUUGGAACUUUAGCACUACUCAAUGUGGAACAUAACGGUCGUGUAAUGACUACAACUACUUCCGAGACAAUGGGCAUCAAGCUGGCUCCUAACCCGAGCUCCAAGGUCUCACAGAGCAUGCAAAGCAUACUAAAUGUCUCGCGGUUGAGUUGUAUCUUCUUCAUGGGAGUUUCUUCCCAAGCGCCGCUGCUUCUUUCAGCCUACUGGAUCAGUUCCCAGCUGUACUCUCUAGUGCAAAACCUUCUCUUAGACUGGUUAUGGCCAUACCAGAGAUGA